AUGGCGCAGUGGCUAUCCACAGAUCUCCUCCACGGGGCCCGCAGACAACAGGCUGCUGACGGUAGGGCUCUGCCUUGCUUUCUGCGCGCUGGCCGGGGUCUUCGUCUACGCGUCCGGCAGCGGUGGCGAGGCCAAGCCUCAGAUGGACAUCCUCCUCAUGGUGGUGGUUCUCGCCUACUCCAUCGGCCACUUCGGGGCAAACUCGCAGACCGUGCGCCCGAGCGCCAAGGCGAAGAGCCAGAAGAACGUGAAGGCGGGGAUCCAGCUCGAGAGUGGGGCACCCGACGUCGGGCGCCCGACCAAGGCCGGAGAUGUCCCAGGCACUGGCAAAGACGGCGCUGCCGACGACGAGGAGGCGCAGCGGAAGUUCGACAUGCGCGUCCUCGACCGCGUGCAGAAGGAGGGCGUGGCGCCCAAGGCCUCCGACGUCACGACGGCGAUGCGGGCCUGCGUCAGGUGCAACAGCGCGGAGACGGCCGUGAAGCUGUUCGACCAGAUGCUGCAGGGCGGGGCCGUCCCCGACGUGCACUUGCUUUGCAAAGCACCGUCAGCAAGUUCUUCAAGCUCGUCGCCGAAAGCCUCGACGACAAGCGCAUGCGGGAUGAGGGGCUGAAGUUCCUCGAGGUGAUCCGAGCUCACAGAGUCUCACCAUCUACUCUUGCCCAGAACCGCCUGAUCGUUGCGUGGAGGAGCAAGCCUCCAGACGACGUCCUGGCCUACUUCGUGAAGAUGAAGGACGCGGGUGUCAUGCUCAGCUCAACGGCGUACCGCUGCAUCAUGGCCGCCAACGAGCGGACCAAUCCGGAGUUCACGCUGAAGCUCUAUGAUGAGAUGAAGGAGUUGGGGAUCAAGCUCGAUCGGGUGGCAUACAAUGCGGUGCUGUGUGCUUGCUCUCAAAAUGGCAUGUUAGACCAGGCCCGGGAGCUGUUCAUGCAGAUGACCUCCACGGGGCUGGUCCCCAAUGGUAAGACCUUCGGCAUCAUGAUCAAGGUCUACUACUCCAGCAAUCGCCCGAAGGAGGCGGUGGCUAUCUUCGAUACGAUGCGCGAGCAGCACCUGGAGCCCGAUCGUUUCGCUUACCACCACGUGAUCAAUGCGUGCAUCAAGCUCCAGCGCAUCGAGUACGCCGUGGAGCUGUACAAGGACAUGCUUCAGGCUAAGCUGCCUCCCUGUGACAACACGCACAUCUAUCUGAGCGCGGCGUGCAAGAAGCAUGGCUGGACGACGACAGCGGAUCAGGUCAUGAAGGACUUGGAGUGUGUGAAGGAGGCGCACAAGGCGCGGGCCUCCCCGACGGCCCCGGGCGCACGUGCGAGCGGUGGGUCGGAGUAG